AUGGUUGAUAUGAUGGUGAAAUUCAUAUACUAUACCGGCGAGGCUGCUGAUUACGAUUCCGAUGAGGACGAUUCGUCGUGUGAGGAUGAGUGCGAGUCCGACGAUGACUCUGAACAGGCUGAUGAGGGCGCCGUUCAGAAGCACGAGUAA